AAGAAGGAAAAUUUGUUCAACUCACGCCAUUGCCAUCCGCCAUAGAGCAUGAAAACUUUCGGAAACUUUUCGCACUCUUUUUAAGCUGCUUUCGGUAUACAGUAGUGCCGAGGACAGGAAUUACACCCGACUGGAAAUAUUCGCCUCUUGUUUUGUCCUUGUGAGAGGAUUUACUAGUCGGACGAGCUGCACAACGCACACUUUCAUCGACAUUUUAAAGAAAGCGGUUAUUGCUAGUCAUAUUUUAAAGACUUGUCUCACAGAAACCAGACAACCAUGUCGGGGGGUAUCGGCACAUAUGCGGUCAAGAAGCGUAAGAAGCCCGUUCAGAAAAUCCCAAAACCCCCUCCACCCGAUGGAGUAAAAUCCAACCCUUCCAAACGACACAGGGACCGCUUAAACGGCGAAUUGGACAAGCUCACAAACCUGCUACCCUUCUCAGAAGACGUCCGUGCACGGCUAGACAAACUGUCAGUGCUCCGACUCAGCGUUGGAUACCUGAAGGUUAAAAGCUUCUUUAACGCUACAAUCAGAGAGACAGCAGGUGGAUGGCUUGGCGAUCGUUCGGUGACCAGUCUGGACGGUGUCAGUUUCUCAGAAGGGGAUCUGCUGUUGCAGGCUCUUAAUGGCUUUGUUAUGGUGGUCACAGCAGAAGGUUAUGCAUUCUACGCCUCUCCAACUAUACAGGACUACCUGGGCUUUCAUCAGUCGGAUGUGGUCCACCAAAGUGUAUUCGAACUCAUUCAUACAGACGACCGUGCAAUGUUUCGAAGGCAACUACACUUUGCUCUUAACCCAGACGAUGGCGCUGAUGGAAUGCAGAACAGCAGUGAUAUCACCAGAGACAUGGUCAACUACAAUCCUCAAAAUAUCCCUCCAGAAAACUCCUCCUUCCUGGAACGAAGCUUCUGCUGCCGAUUUCGUUGUUUGCUUGACAACUCAUCAGGCUUCCUGGCCCUGAACUUCCAGGGGAGGCUUAAAUAUCUCCACGGCCAAAACAAGAUGGCGGAAGACGGAACCAUGACCCACCCUCAGCUGGGUCUUUUUGUCAUAGCCACACCCCUUCAGCCACCAUCUAUAAUGGAAAUCCGAAGCAAGACUCUUCUGUUCCAAACCAAACACAAGUUGGACUUCACACCUAUGGGUAUCGACACAAGAGGGAAGGUGGUUCUCGGCUACACUGAAAUCGAGCUGUGCAUGAGAGGAUCUGGUUAUCAGUUCAUUCACGCCGCCGACAUGAUGUACUGCGCAGACAACCACAUCAGAAUGAUAAAGACAGGAGAGAGUGGUUUAACAGUCUUUAGACUGCUCUCAAAGGGAGGCAUGUGGAUCUGGGUGCAGGCGAAUGCCAGGCUUGUGUAUAAACAAGGACGGCCUGAUUUCAUCAUUGCUCGACAGAGAGCGUUAACCAAUGAGGAAGGCGAGGAACACCUCCGUCAAAGGAAGUUGCAGCUACCUUUCAAUUGUACCACCGGUGAGGGUGUACUGUACGAGGUCGGCCCCACGUUGGACAUCGCAGACAUUCAAAAUCAGAACAAUAGUCAAAAGAUGCGCAAACCUGCAUCCUUGGACCCCAAUUCUCUACUUGGAUGCAUGCAAAAGCAGGACCACUUGCUAAAGCAGGACAACAAUGAGAACAGUGACUCUAAUUCCCAGUUUGACCUGGACAAGGCCUUUAGGGAUAGCCACGCCUUGCUCACCUUUCCUGGUAACAAUUGGCAGCCAUCCACCCCAAACAUAAUGGCCGGGAUUAAGGAGGAGAGCGUCGUCAAGGACAUGAUGGAAACCUUACAGCAGAUUAUGGGGGACAGUACUCUUUGUGACAGUUUGCAGGAACUCGACGUUGACAGUUCGGAGCUGAAGGAAUGGGAGAGCACUCUGCUCAAGAUGAGCAGCGACAUGGAACUCAGUGAGAUCAUCACCAACGACAUCCUCUCCUAUGUCGAGGAUGCACUUUUUAAGGAAAAUGGUAUUCAACUGCCCGGACAGAUUAAGGGGCAGGGACAAUUUGUUGAAGUUCCAGAGUGCCUUCCGGAGAUGGAAUUACCGAAUGCCUUAGCUGCUAACCAGGGAUUCAAUGGCCAGCCGGGAAUGCUCACCGGAUCACCAGGUCUGGGUGGGUUUAUUGGAAUGAAUGUCCAAGAGGCCAUGGAUACCGGUAUCCCGGGAAGAGGGAUGGCAAAACUGACCCACAUGGGGCCACAAAUACCAAUUGUACAGCAGACGCUACCUGACAACAGCUUUGUGCAGUCAUUCGGACUGGAUCAAAUGCCCCAAAAUACCCCCGUCAACAAUCAUGUAAUGUUUAAUUCUUCUCUUGGAGUGCCUUGUAGCCAGCAGCAGACCCAAGACAGGCUUGGUCUGCAUGGUGAGGUGCAAGAAAAUGGACUCGUACCAUGUGGCCAGAUUCAGAUUGGAAACCAGUCCCUUCCCAACAUAAUGACUCUCCCUCCUCAAAACUCUCUAUUGCAGGGUGCCUCCACCCAGCCAAUGGCUUUUACCAAUCGUAAUUCGCUUCCCCAGCAACAGUCGGUUAAUCAGAACCCUCAGUGGGUACCAUCUGUGUCCGACAGCAACAAUGUCGUAGACAACCGGAUUGACACUUGUGCCCGUAAUGUUUCACUUGGACAAGAUGCCGGGCUGCACUCUGACCCUACCACACACCUACAAGGACAGUUUUCUCUUCAUACCCAAAACGCUGCCAAUCCGGGACUGCCUGCCUGGUCCCAGUCCCCUUCCCAACAGCUCCCUAAAUCACUGUCCGGCAGACAUCAAAAUCUGACCGGCCUCUACGGACAAAUCCAAAGAGACCCGCUCGGACAGUUAAUGCCAAAGACAAAUGCACAGGGAUUUGGCUCUGGCUUUGUGGCCCAGACGACUGCUAAUAAUGGCUAUCCUCAGCAAGGUGGCAUGGUAAAUAACAGUCCUCAUCAGACCCCUAACAGCUGCAUGUUCGUAAGUGCCCCGCAACCCGCAGUCAACGGGAUUCAGUAUGGUUCUACAGAUCCAACAUCCAUGUCGACCUGCCAGAGGGCUAAAAGCCUCGUGACCCAGAGUCCAACUCAAACAUCUUGCUACUACCAAAGAGGCCCUAGCGAAUCGAUUGUGGGCACGUCGAUCAUCCCGCAAGAGGACACCAACAUUAACCCCAUGGCCUGCCAGGUCUCGCUGGGGUUGACUCCGGAGAGCAUCAUUGCUCAGCAGUAUCUCUCCUGCAACGGCCAGACACAGAUCGCAAACCACCCGCUGGAAGUGAAAGGACCGUUCCACCUUCCCUCUCUGGCCAACGGAACCACCUACUUUUCCGAAAAUAACCAAGGCAAUCACUGUGACUAUUAGACAGAGCUCUUGCCCGUCGCAGUGACUUGCACAUCAUCGGUCUGACAAGCAGCACCUGUCUUAAAGUUUGCACGCUUGUUUGUCCCUCAAAAGAGACUCCUCCGCUUCUGAUAAAACUCUUGGCUGAAAACCUUUAAGACAUUAGAGAUCUUUGAGAGCCUUUUAAGCACACUCGACGACCACACUUAGUUUCACACUCACUUUUGAAUCUUUCAUGACAAAUAAACAGUGGCAAAAAGCAUUUAUCUUUUGUUUGAAGCAUGUCCCUCAUCCCGUAUAGAUUUAGCUUCAUUUACUUGUUUGUAUCGCCACUUCAACAUUUAGAGAGAGAGUGAGGUGUGCGAGCAAGUUUGUCCAUUCCCAUGGAUAUAUGUUUGUGUGUUUGGCGAGAGAGCCUAGAGUUAAAUUAUGAAGUAUGCAGAAGGAAAGGUGGAAACUUUUAAUUGUGGCGACGAGAUUUAAGGUGCGCACAAGAUGCUAUUUAUUGGGGUGAGUUUCGGCUCAAAAAGGGAACAGCGAUCUCGUGAGGGAUGCAGCCUAAGCCAGGCCCUUUAUUUUUGCUACCAAUGCACUUAAGAGGUCCCACCUGUAGACCUUAAACCCUAGUGUUAGCAAUGUACAGUCCCUUACUUCUAAUAAUCCAGUGAGUGUGUUUUCAUAGUAUAAUAUUGAAAUCAAUACUCUAUUAUUGGACUGUUGGAACAAAUUGCUGAUUUGUUGACAGAAAAAUUGUCCUGGAGCUCUGCCUACUUGGACUUUACGGACGACAGCGAUGGACUGUGUAGUGUCCAAAGGUCGUACGGAGUUCCAUUUUAUGGAUGAAUCCGUAAAAUUUGUUGGAUGUGAGAAAUAGGCAACACCACCGUAUUGGAUAUCCCCGAGAGAAACGGAGAUGUGUCACGCUUUCAACAGAAACUGUGGCUGCUUUUGUUUUUCGUCUUUUUGUAAAAACCUGCAGAAUAUUUUUUCUUUAAUGAGUAAAAACAGAAGCGUAAAGACUUACGGAUGCAUCUUCUCUUGCCACCCUUCUAUGGCUGUUAACCGUAUGUUUCUUGUGUAUUACAAAAAUAACAGAAUGUUAUGAUACAGCUUAUCAUUUAUUGGUUCAGUUUUGUCGUUGAAACAUGUUUUUUGUACUUUUUUUAUGCAUUUAUCAAAAUUAUGAAAAAGCCAUUGAGCCAUUUUUGUUGACUUUUAAGUUUCUGAUAUAUAUAUAUAUAUAUACGCCCUCGCUUUCUUUAACGCUUUUGCUUUAAUGCUUAUGAAAGAAUUCUAGAAAUUCUUGAAUCAUGUUACGUGCCAUGACAAUCACACCAGUCAGCUGAUCCUGCCUACAGACGAAGACUUGUAACGCAGUUGAGCGGAAAAGGAGAAAUGUGGAGUUUGCAAGAGACACAAUAGAUUUGUGUAGUAAAGCCUCUGAGGAAAGAAUAAGAUCUGCAUCAAUAAUUGUCGAAAGAAGUUUGAAUUAGAUUUUCCUAAUAUUACGACCACAGUGAAUCUAGCUGAAAUAAUUUUACGAACUCUUUACGCAUUUUUUUCCGCUCUUGGUUCAUGAACCAAAUCUAAAGUUUGUAGGCCCCGCUGUGCCUUAUUUUAGCAUAAAGUCAUUUGAUAAGAUUUUAUAGCACUAUAAAUGUGUCAAUGUACCAAAUAUUGCUACGACACGUUUCUUAUGGCGACGAAAAUGGUUGUUUUGUAAGAGAUUAAUCGACUUAUUUUUGAAAAGGCUCCAGUUUUGUAUUUUCUUGUAGACAAACCCUCUGUCUCACCUUAUUUGCUGGUAGAAACCUGUAGUGUUUUGGACUGGAUUCUGGAGUUGAUUCUGGAGUUUGUACUUUCUUGUGUUGGCGAGGACAUAAAGCAUGGUGUGAUAAUAACAGCAAAUGUACAGAACCCUCAAAGUCAUGCACCCAGGGCUCUUGUCCUUUCAUCAUCUAAAAUAGGAACUGUGUGCUUUAAUUUCUUUCUCCCCAAUGAUAUUUCAUUUAUUCCCUCCAUUCUCUGCCUUUAGAUGAAAUGACUGUGGCUUGCAGAAGGAGGAAAGGAUUUGAAAUGGCAGCUAUAAUUGAAUCUGAGAAGCAAUGUAUUUAACAACUGGUUGUUGUUAGCAUGGACGGAAUCGCUUAUGCUAAUUGAUGCUAGUAUGCUAAGUGUUGUACAUGGCCUCACAGUUUAGUUUUCAGGAUACUUCAUUUUUCCUCUUUGCCUUUAUUUGUCCAUGUGCUUUAAAAUCUACGUUCAUUUCAGAGAUUAGCAACGUUUCCCUUUGGGUUUCUUGUUCGUUGUGAACGCUAAAGGAGAUAAUGAGGUGUAAAUAAGUGCAUUCUCGGUUAGAUUGACAGAUAUUUUGUGGCUUCGAGUGGAGGUUAGUUUGAAUUGUCAAUUGUUGGCUGGUUUGCGGAUGGAUCCGUCAGUUGGUGGAUCCGUUUAUUUUUUAUGUUGAUAUAUGAGAUUACGCACAAAUAACAGCGAUGGAAUUGCGCUGACGGGGUUUUUACGCCUUAAUUUUUAUUGUACCGCAUCAUUACCCUGUGCGACACAAUGAACCCCCUGCCCCACCCACAAUGAAAUCUCAUUGGUCCACUCCACAUAUUAAACAAUCAAAAUGUAAGUUAAUGUACAUAAACUUGUCAUCUCGCAACUGGUUAAGACACGGGUAACGCAGUUUUAUGUUUACCCUUUUAUUUUUACCCUUUUUACGUUCCUUUUAUUUUUAAAAAGCUUCAAAAACGUGGCCUUAAUUUUAGUAAUUUACGACUAGUCAAGGUGUAGCGAUUCAGCAAAUGUUGCUUUCGUAUCCCGUUUCCUCAAAGUGCCAUUACAACGGAUUUAAAAUACAUAAAACACACAAUUUCAUAGACCUCACUAACAGCAUUGAGCGCCCCCGUGCCAAGAAUUUGGUAAAAAUUUUGUUAGGAUGCCCUGCUCUUCACCACUAAACUAUACAAGUGAAAAAAAACAGUAGCACUUAGAUCGCCUGUUUCCCACAUGUUUGUGAGGUCUCUUUAAAUGCAGUAUCUUUGUUUAUUUGUUGUAUCGUUUGUUUUUGGAUUGUUUUUCACCCAGCAUUGUAAAUGCUUUCACGUGUAUUGUAUAUCUUAUUUUGUACAUUGUUCCGCACACCUGUAAAAUCUAUAUACGUAAAUGGAUGUCCCACAAAUACAGGUUAUACACACACAUCUAUAUUAUAUACAUAUAAAUAUAUAAACUAUUGCUUAUGUUUGUUUUGUAUUUGUAUUAUCAAAAUAAUUCAUUUUGUUGUUCCUCUCAAUAUUGAUAUCUUUAUAACAUUAAAAUUGGGUCAAUGACUCAAAGGUU